UCUUCUUCUUAUAGAAAAAAAAAAAAACCAAAAUUCAAAAACAAGAGGAUAACACAAAACCCUCCGUCCCUUCCUUCCUCUUCUUCCCCUAACAAUAAGAACGAAAAGAAAAUGUCAGCCUCUUCGGCCAUGUUCUCCAGUUUUAUCUCGCCGCCAACGGCGUCGUUCUUAGCGAAAUCCUCUUCUUCUUCCUCUAUCCGUCUUCUUCCAACUAACGUGCGCAUGGUACGAACCAUGACUCAAGUCAUGGCUUCAAAGCCCGCCAACGACUCCCGACCGCCACGUGGCAUCACGAAGCCUCGCCGUGUGUCGCCUGAGAUGCAAGCUCUCGUCGGAGUCCCCGAAAUUCCUCGAACUCAAGCGCUUAUGCAGAUUUGCGCUUACAUUAAAAAGCACAAUCUUCAGGACCCUAAGAACAAUGAGAUUAUAAUUUGUGAUGAGAAGCUGAAGAAGAUAUUUGGAGGGAAAGAGCGCGUUGGAUCUCUUGAAAUUCCCAGGUUGAUUAGUCCUCACUUUCUUUGAUGGAUCCAAGAGAGAGAGAAAGUUUGCAAAAUAGGAAACAUCUGUUUACGGGGGCCUAUCUCUUCGUUGAGAUGCUGAAGAAAGCCAGUGUUUCUGCCUUCAAUCACUAGUGGUUUUAGCAUUACAUCACGUGUGCAGAAGUAACCUUCUUAAGGGUUUUGUUUCUGGAUUUCCUAUACUGUAAACCGUUUUAUGCAGUAUCAUUAGUGCCAUAAAAGCUUGUGCAUGUUCUUACAUCAUUCUAAUAUCUUGGAAUUUUGCAGUAGCCAGUUUACAAAUGGCUUGACUGAUCUAGUCUCAAAAUGGAUUUAACAAUCUUCGGCACUGGAGGGUGUGUUGUUCUUUUGAAGAAUUUUUGUUGAACAAUGGUGUGAUCAUCAAGGACUAACGAGAUUGUUUACCCUUCUGUAUUAAUUUUGAAACUCGUCAAGAUUGCCUUUUUUCUUUUUUUGAAAUAACUCGCUAAGAUUAACAAUGGCAACGGAAAACUUCCAUUGAUUAUAAAAUCAAAAUUUCAAGGUUUUGACCAGAGUUCUUAGUCAAAGCUGACAUGACAAGCUCUCAUUGGUCAUAUCCCGCUUCCUAAACUAUCCUAUUCUUAUAUCUCUUUCCCUUUGUCUAGUAAACAUAGAAAGGGUGGACUUAGCUAAUGACUUCUUAAGAGUGAUAAAGAGAAGGACACUGUUUGCUAAAAAUUAGCUUCUCUUUCUCUCCCUCUCUUUCUAGCGGUCUUC